AUGGGUUCAUAUGGAAGGAGCACAGGUAUCGAAGACCUAGUCGACACCAGUAGAGAGCAUGGUCGUAGUGCAGUCUCCAUGGAGACCAUGGACUCCUAUGGACUCACAUGCAAAGGAGGGCCAAGCACAGCCACGAGGAGGACCAAGCUCAAGGAGCAGGCACAGCCACGAAGAGGACCAAGCUCAAGGAGCAUGCAGAUGGUUACCACUCAGGGGCUCGAGAGACAAGAGCCAAAGGAACUGUCACUGAUCAAAGGAGGAGGAGCAGUGUCGAAGGAGUCGACACCAGGUCAUGAGGAGGAGGAGCAGUGUCGACAAGAGGCACAGGGAUGCCAAGCAGGAGAGGCCCCUGAGCAGUACUCGAUGAAGAAGGUACUCUCUGGAGAGAGAGCAGGAGCAGCAUCGCUGGCAAUGCUGUGA